AUGCCAACAAAUGCAUGUGGUAAUACAGUACCACGGUAUAAAGUAGAUAGUAACAGCUGUCCAGGUGUCGUCUCAUUAUUCGUCCGUACCACCACCAGACAAAUGCUAUGGCGAGCCCAGCAAGACUUUUUAAGUCUCCUCCUGAGAGUUAAAGAAGCUCCUCUGCCUGUCUCUGCUUGCUAUUGCUGUCUUGGUUUACACAAGGAAACUAAGAUGGUAGUAGAAUCUCUGCUUACUGUCGCGACCGAGGUAAUACUGAUGAAGCUGACUGACGGUGCUUUUCACGAAAUCAGUCUUGCCUUUGGAUACAAAGAUGAACUAGGGAAGCUCAAUGAAUCCUUAUCCAUCCUUCAAGAUUUCUUAGGGAAUGCUGCUGAGAAGGCACAAGAUGGUGGCAAGGCAGCGGAAGUCUGGGUGAAGAAACUUAAAGACAUAGCUGAUGAGGCUGAUGAUGUCUUUGAAGAACUCAACUAUGAACGUCUCCGGGGAGAAGUAGAACCGCAUGACGGUAUGGGGAAACAGAUUCUCGACUUAUUUUCUACCUCCAAUCCCUUUUUUUCUCUACAAAAUAUGGCACAUAGAAUUAAAAAAAUCAACGAUUCUAUGGAGGAGCUCAAGAAGGAUGCAGCUUUCGUCGGAUUAAUUGCAAUUGCAAAGAAAAAAGAUGCAACCCCUCAAAGAAUUAGAGAGGACCGAGAAACCAACGCAUUCAUUGGUAAAGAUGAAAUCAUCAUUGGAAGGAAGGACGCUGUGUCAGACAUAGUUACAACAUUGACCAAGUCCAGCAUGAAUCAAGAAAAUCUGUCGGUCAUGGCGAUUGCGGGAAUGCCAGGACUGGGAAAGACAACUUUGGCAAAGUCAGUGUACAAUGAGGGUGCUAUCGAUGUGUAUUUCAACAAAAAAUUGUGGGUGUGUGUAUCAGACACUUUCAACGUCAAUUCAAUUUUAGCUGCGAUGUUAGAAUUACUCUCAGGAAAGGUAGCGACGACAAGUCAGCAAGCAUUGCUUACAGGCCUCCGAGAAAAGUUGUCGGGAAAAAGGUAUUUUCUUGUACUUGAUGAUGUGUGGAAUGAAGAGUCUGAGAAAUGGGAAAGGUUGAUGAGCUGUUUGUCGAAGUUGAAUUCUGCUCCAGGAAGCAAAAUUAUUGUCACUACCCGCAGUGGCAUAGUUGCAUCACUCACAGAAACACUUCCGCGGCCUAAAUUGGACCUUCUAUCAACAGAUGAAUGCUGGUCCAUAUUGAAACAUGCAGCUUGCUCAGAUGGUAGUUUAGAGAGAAUUGGACGGGAGAUUGCUAACAAGUGUGAAGGUCUACCAUUGAUGGCACAGGGAUCAUAUCAUGAAUGA